AUGACCACCGACGAUCAAAACCAGCAAUUCAAUAAUUCAUCCGACUUUUUGGAGACCUUCAAGCAGUUACAGCAUGGUGAAAAAACCGCAGAAAAACUCGAAAAGAUGCUUGAUCAAUUAGAAGGGAAGUUGGAUGAUCUUCUCUCAGCGACGAACACGGUAGAAGCUCCGUCGGACAGUCCUGUAUCAAGCGUCAAGUCACAAUCAGACGAACGAAAGCAAGGCCAAUAA